UCAAAGACGGUGAGAGCGUCGAUGCGAAAAAAGUAGAGAAGGAUUACUCGAGCGCAGCGCGUCGCGUGUACGAAAGGGAAAGCCCGCCCAACCACCGUUGCAGUCCGCCAAGUGUCACGGUGCGCGUUGUUCUGCGAGACGGGAACCGGAGUAGUCACUCGCUCGACCGGCGCCGCGGGCUGAACAAUUCUUGAUCCCCUCACUCCUCACAGGGACUUGUCGCUUGCUCCGAGGCGAUUUAGUGUAUCUAACAGCAGCAGCCAUGCCGUACAUGUUGGAGGACGACGUAUUUGGAGAAGAGAAGAACUGGGCCCUGGUAACGCCGGAACAGAUCCGCGAGCUGCGCCAGCACUUCCUCGACACCUGGAAUGAGGAGGACGAUGUGUACUACGACGAAGAUGUGAAGAAGAUAAAGGAGAGCGAUGAUUUCUGUCGGAAGAUAAUCGCCCACGUGCGGCUCGACAUGGAGUUGGCCCACAAGGUCGCCUCGUACCAUCUUCGCUGGAGACGUUAUGUCAAGAUCCGAGAUAUCACGGAGGAAUCCAUACCUAAGGAGUAUUUUGAGCAAAACGCAAUCUACCCAUACGGCAAAGACAAGCUUGGAUGCCACGUGUUGGUGCUCCGGUGCAAGAACUACACCAAGGGUCAAGCCGACGUUCUUGAGGUGAAGCGAGUGUUCCUGUUCUUCCUGGAAAAGCUGUAUAAUGAUCAUGGCGCCAAGAAGGUCACUAUGGUGUUCGACUGCAGUGGGGCCGGCCUGAGCAACAUGGAUAUAGACUUCACCAAGUUCAUCUUCAACGUAUUCCUCAAGAGGUACCCGCUGGGCCUUGGCUACGUCCUUGUCUACGACAUGCCAUGGUUGUUUAAUGCCGCCUGGAAGAUCAUCAAGGGCUGGAUGAUGCCCGAGGCCGCAGCACGCGUCAAGAUGGUCAACACGGAGGAGAUCAAGAAUUACAUUGACCCCAAGGAGCUCCCAGUCCACAUGGGCGGAACGGACACUUACGAGUACAGCUACGUCCCAGGAAAGCCGCUCGGAGAGCGAGUCGCUUGUUGAGUGGGGCCCGACAACGUCCGCCUGUCCCACCGGAUGACUCCUCUUGGUGGUUCGCCGGAUGCCGCGCACCAGAUCGGCCGCUGAGAGCUUGUUUACGGGCUGCCCCCCUCGAGGGAUUUGACCUCAAAGACCUCUUUGCGGUGCUCUGCUGAACAAAAAGAAAAAGCCGGCGGUGUGUUUUUCUGUGUUGAGAAAAAUGACGACGAAAACCCAGCGUACAAGAAAGGUUACCUAAGUGGGAAGUAUAGAGCUGCUGAACAUUGAAUGAAUGUUUUUUUUUGUAAAUUUAGCCAUUCCAGCAUUUCCUGGCGUUUUGUUCGUGGAAAAGCUUAUGUAUAACGAAAUAUAAAGAUUGGCUCCCUAAAUGGUAGGGCGAUGCUCCCUUUAGAAAAAUCUAUAUUUGGACCCUGUGUACAUUCAAGCAAACUGAAGUGCAACCUUUUCAUACUCAACUGCUUUUCCCAUAAGCGUUAUUUGCGCUGUUUACUGUCUUUGAUGUGAUCAUUCUCAAGAGAGAUCACUGUUUUGCUUAAAAGCAUAUAACGUUGGCACAUUUCUAUUUUUCUUUGUAAAUGAUUCUAUGGGCCUUAUGAACAAUGAUACCAAGAGAAGGUUCUUUUGUUCUCUAUUUUCCAUACAUUUCAUGUAAUAUUUGAAUAUGUCCCCCUGGAGCACUAGACGUGCAAUGCUCAAUGCUGUGAUAUAGUGUGCGGACUGCCAUCACAAAAAAAAAAAUAGUUCUUUUUCUUGCGAACAUGCAUAACACGCUCGCAUUGUUCUGUCGUGGAUGACGUUUACCAAAAAGAAAAAAAGAAAACUGACAUAAAAAUGGUGAUUUAACGUCCUAAACGUACGUAUUAUUCUUAGAAUAGUAAAGAAACACAUUUCUUAUAAGUUCUAACAAAGACAGCAUGUACACUCUUGUCAGUUAUACUGGGUCUAGGCGACGUCGAAGUAAAGUUAAUUGUGCGAUCUUAUUAGAAGCGACAGGAUUAGUUUACACUUUUUUCCCCAAUUCGGUGGACUCUCACGUUGCCUAAAAGGUCAAAUUUCCACCUUCAGUGUUCUUCGGGAAGCAAAACUGUUCAGAGAGCACUCUUCCUUAUCAGUACAUCAGCCAAUGACGCUGUUGUUUUGCGAUUAGGCAUUUUAACUGAUGUGCAAAAGUUCAUCAUGCGGAUAUAGGUGGUAAUGUACCUUGCAGUUUGCACGAAUUGCGAAUGUGUACAAAGACAUAUUUUUAUAUCAGAAAAUAAAACCUGUUAUUACAUGA